CCCAGAUUUCCCGCCAUGAGAUUCCUCCUUCCGCUCGACUUGGCCCUUCACUGCUCAACCAUCCAACCCACCUUUGCUUCCCGUCAGCACUGUGGUCCAUCUCGCGCCGUCUCGCAGUUCUCUUCCGUCUUUCUUCCCCCUCUGUGAGCGGGAACAGCCAACCGCGCUGAGCUCUCAAAGCUCGCUCUGCACCAUGUCAACUGCAGACACAACCGCCGCUGCCGCUGGCGCUGCUGCCGCCGCCGCCGCUGCCGCUCCGCAAGGCUCUCCGUCGCAGUCCAACGCGACUGCGCAGCCUCUGGGCGGCGUCAACAACAACAACAACGUUGCCGGCGAUUCGCUUAUCUGCCAGUGGACCAACUGCGGGGAGCGAUUGCCCAGCCCAGAACAGCUUUAUGAUCAUGUUUGCGAGCGACAUGUUGGCCGCAAGAGCACCAACAAUCUGAACCUCACAUGCCAGUGGGGCAGUUGCCGCACCACAACGGUCAAGAGGGACCACAUCACCUCACACAUUCGUGUGCACGUGCCGCUGAAGCCGCAUAAGUGUGACUUCUGCGGCAAGGCGUUCAAGCGACCCCAGGAUCUCAAGAAGCACGUCAAGACCCAUGCUGACGACUCUGUGCUCCUCCGUUCGCCUGAUCCCAACCGCGGCGGACAGGCCGGCUACGGCGGUGGCAACAAGCUUGUCGCUGACUUGCAGUCGCUGGCCGCUACAGCAAGCGGAUAUUAUCCUGAUCAGCAUCAUAUAGCUGGUCAGCCUGUGUACUAUCAGAGUGCCUCUGCCAACCCGAGCGCGUAUCACGGUCCAGGUGCUCCGCAACAGAGCUCCGCCUAUGGCCCAGUCUACUACGCUGUGAGCCAGCCCCAAAAUCUGAAUGCCGAGUAUGAAAUGCGGAAAAAAGCCGCCUUUGACGCGCUCAACGAGUUCUUCGGCGAUGCCAAGGAGCGCCGCAUUGACCCGACGACGUAUUACGACGUAGGCCACCGAUUGAUGGCCCUGCAAACCAUUCCAGCGCCCGUCCUCGCUGGCUACACCAGCGACGCGUACGGUGGCGCUUCAAUCGCCACGGGACCGCAGCUCCUGCAGCCACAGUACUCGCUUCCGCUACCGAAUCUACGGACCAAAAGCGACCUCUUGAGCAUCGAUCAGUUCCUCGACCAGCUCCAGCAGACGGUGUACGAGAACUCAAAUCAGGCCGCCGCCGCGGGCGUCGCUGUGCCCGGCGCCCACGCUGUCCACACGGGCCUCAACUUCCGGACAAGCAACUCACCUCCAACCAUGCCCGCUGGACAGGGUCAGCUUUCGUCGCACGCAGCAGGCAUUCCAACCACCACCGGCGCAACCGACACCCCAGCGCUGACCCCAGCCUCAAGUGUGCUCUCGUACACCUCAGGUCACUCGCCGAGCUCUGUCAACUCCACACACAAUAUCUCGCCUAGCCAGCGGCCCUCAGCAGGUCCAAUGUAUCCCACCCUUCCAGGUGUGAACGCUAUGGCCGAGGGCGCCUCCGGUCUUGGAUCUUCGUUUGACGCCGACUUGCGGCGCCGCUACUCUGGAGGUCAACUGCAAAAGGGUGCACCCUCGGCCGGGGACGUCAUGGAGACCGAAGACACGCCCGUGCAGUCGCCACGGUCCGGCAGAGAUAGCCCCAUGCCAAAGAUCGACAAGCUGGGCGUUUCGUCACCGUCGAUGCGUAACUCCAACCUCGAUCCUGCACUGCGGUCUCCUGGCGCAUUUUCGGAGGGGUCUGCCAGUGAUUAUGCGGACAAGGUCCAGGAGGCAUGGAUAGAGAACGUGCGCACAAUCGAGAUGCUGAGAAACUUUGUCAAGGAGAAGCUGGAGCGUGGCGACUACGUCCGAGACGACGAGGACGAUCAAGAGGUGCCUAAAACGAAGACGGAAGAGGACGAGGCUGCAAGCUUGUAUCCUGUGCUACGGGAGGUGACGGGCCAUUGAGCUUUACGAAACGUGUAUGUGAGCAUGGAUGGAGGCUUUUAUUUGUGACGUGUGUGCAUUUGCGAUCGAAAACGCUUUUUUCUCAUAUGGUAAAUCCGGGUUAUACCUUGCCUAGGAAUGAAGGCUCAGCGCAUUGGAAUUUUUUUUUUAAACCACGCCUAUCUGAAAUAAGGAAUUUUCUUGUCAGCUAUCCGAUGGGCACUGACGAGGAACGUCAAACCCCUCCCGCCGGUGUUUUUUUUUUUU